CGCCGAAGAAGAAAAAAAAACACACGUGUUUCCUGUUUCCACUUCAUGCUACAUGAGAAGGGGUCUAUCUUGUCAAUAAAUUGUUUAUUAGUCAGCGGAACCUGUAAAAAUGGUUCGUAAAUUAAAGUACCAUGAACAGAAGCUGUUGAAGAAGGUUGACUUCAUCAACUGGGAGGUGGACAACAACCUGCACGAGGUCAAAGUGAUGCGGAAGUAUCGCAUCGAAAAGAGGGAGGACUACACCAAGUACAACAAGUUGAGUCGAAACAUCAGAGAUCUGACCCAGAAAAUCAAAGACCUGGAUGAGAAGGAUGGCUUCAGAGCUCAGAGCUCUCAUCGUAUGCUUGAAAAACUGUACAGCAUCGGUCUCAUCCCCACCAAACAGAAUCUGUCCCUAACAGAGAAGGUCACAGCUUCUUCAUUCUGCAGGAGGAGGCUACCCAGCAUCAUGCUGAACCUACGCAUGGCUCAGAACCUGAAAACAGCCAUCACCUUCAUUGAACAAGGACAUGUGCGUGUUGGCCCUGACGUCGUCACAGACCCAGCUUUUCUAGUCACAAGAAACACGGAAGAUUUCGUCACGUGGGUGGACUCCUCAAAGAUCAAGCAGCAUGUCAUGAAUUAUAACGAAGAGCGGGACGACUUUGAUCUGGUAGUGUAAGACUCUUGACAUCCGUUCAUCACCCAGGAUUGCAGCAGAGGGUCAUGAACUUUUAAAACACAGGAGAAAAGUGUUUGAAUUUCUUCUGAACUUGGGACUGAAGAAGAAAAACUGCCAUCAGAAGUAACUUGAGAGGGCCAUGUAAAAACCUGCCAUGGCUUACUUUUCCACUGAAUAUUUCACAAUGUCUGUCAAUCCUUCUCAAAUGUGUGUCACAAGAGGUCAUAUGACAUUUUUAAUUCUAUAUUCAUCAAAAUCGACCACGAAACCUGCUUAGCCACGAGCAAGACGAGAGUUGAGACUCUGAUGUUUCCUCAUCAUAUUUGCUGUGGCAGGCUUUCAUGUAUGUGCGGUAGAGACUGUUCCUCCUCCUGUAGGUCAACCUUGUUUGCUUUGCAUGAUGUGUUCUUUGUGUAUACUGGACUUGCUAAUACUGGUUUGUGAGUGUUUGUAUAAAGCAUAAAGAGUAGGACUUGGUCUGUCUGUUCAGGAAAGAAGUACAAGUGCCAUAGAUCCAGAUGUUAAAUAGAAAUGGAUAACUUGAUAAAUAUUUAAUCUUUUUACAAUGUAAACUUUAGAAACAAUAAACAUUCGAUCAUCACAA